AUGCCAAUGUCAACAAAUUUUUCAUCUCUUGAUUUAACACUUGAUGAUUGGUCAUUAAUCAAUAAUAUAACACAUGCUUAUGAUAUUUGCGGUUUAAAUUACGAUAAAACUCGUAUAAAUAAUUAUUCAUUAACAGAUUCUACAUUAACAGAUUUUUUAAAUGAUGAACAACAAAUGUAUCGAAGUUUAAUAUUGUUUUAUAAUCAAAUUCCUGGUUUUAAACAAUUAAAUAUCGAAGAUAAAAUCCUUUUAAUAAAAUGUAAUAUAACACAUUUAAUUCAUCUUCAUCAUAUAUUAAAAGAUAAUUUUAUCGAAAAUCCUAAAAUUGGUUUACAUAUGAGUAAAUGGAUAGAUUCAGAUUUUCAUAAACAAAUGUCUAAAACACGUCAUUCCUAUGAUUAUUUCAUUGAAUAUCCUAUCGUAUUAAAAUUAGCACUUAUUCCUUUAAUGUUAACAAUAAAUUUAUCGCGAUUACCUUUUGAUCAAUUAUCUUUGGAACUUAAUGAUAAAAACUUAAUAAUUCAAUAUCAAAGUCUUUAUAUAACAUUAUUAUGGAAAUAUUUAAAUGUUAUUUAUGACGAAAAAGAUGCAAUAAAAGCAGUACAAAUUCUUAUUUUUCAACUUCUUCGUUAUCAAUUAUUAAUGUAUGAAAUGGAAAAUAUUAUUAAAAAACAAACAAAUUCUAAUCAAUUUAAUCCAUUAACUAAAUCUGUACUUCGUUUAAAUUAA